CGAAAGUUUUCGAAUUCAACAUCGGAGUUCAAAAGGGCCAAACUCCGUGCCAAAAUAACCCCCACACAACUCGACUCGCCGAAUUCGCUCACAAAGUUGCGACCAUGAACUCAAGCGAGGGAGAGGAGCUCGUACGGGAAGCAAACGAGGUGUCUCCCGAGAAAUUGUUCUCAGAAUGCUGCGACAUUCAAUCCAAGGCUUCGUCCACGCUAGGAACAGACUUGGAGCUUCACCUAUACUCCCUCAAAACGCUCCCACCAGCAUUACAGCAAUGGGCCUUCAACCUCGUCAAAGAAAACCUCUACGAUGAAUACGUAGCAGCAAAAGACACCGGCUGGUCCGACGAAGACAAGCAACGCGAGAUGACGGAGCCUAAUGCGCGGUAUAUUGUUGUGAACACGAUGGGCGGGGAUGCGCGGCCGGUUGGGUUUGUGUAUUUUCAGUUUACGAUGGAGGAGUCGUGUGAUGACAAGGACGAGGUUAAGAAUGAUGAGGAUGAGGAUGAGGGGAGUGAGGAGAGCGGGGAAGAUGUGCAGAUUCCGGUGGUUUAUUGCUAUGAACUCCAAAUCUCUGCCUCCUACCAACAUUGCGGCCUGGGCACGCACCUGAUGUCCCUCAUCGAAGAGCUCGGGAGGCGGUACCACAUGCUCAAAUGCAUGCUGACGGCGUUCAAAAGCAAUACCGCCGCGCUCAACUUCUAUCGGAAACGAGGGUAUGAGAUUGAUGGAAUCUCGCCCAGCAACCAUUUACCGCCGCGGAGGGCGGCGAGGAUUUCGUAUGAGAUCUAUAGUAAAGUUUUAUGAUAGACUUUGUAGUGUAGCGGCGUAGGGACCGUCCUUGGCUAGCGGGACUCAUCCCCUCAUCCGGUACUUGGACGGUUUCCAAGGCUUACGGAUAUCAUACGUGCUUGUCAGCAUAUG